CUGUAUUAAUGUUCCUUGUUGUGGUUGGUCAAACUAAGAGCGGUGAAAGUUUGUCACAGGCCAAUAAAGCGGCCGCCAUGAGGCCGGUGUGAGCCUCUGACAAGCUGACACUGCGAGCGCCAGGCACGGAGAGCGCACGAUGAAAUGGCGGCGGCGGUGGCGGCAGUGUCGGCGGGGCCGUGUGGGCAGCCUCCCUCGCCAGAGGAAACGAGAAAGAGACACUCAGUCAGCCUCUCUCUCUCAGAGAGACAGGCGGGGGGAGGGGAGGGCGGCUCUCGCUUCAAUACUCCCGGCGGGAGAGCUCGCAGAGCCUUUGGUGCACGGCCAGCCCCCCCCUUCCCCCCGCUGCCGGUCAUGUGACCUUAACGUAACCGGACAGGAAAGCACCGAGUGGCUUUUUUUUUUUUUUUUUCUCCCUCGCUGGGUGGACUCCUCUCGGAGAGGAAGGAGGAGGAGACGGUGGGUUCCCCGUCAAGGAGCAGCACGGGCUCUCGCCGGCGCACGAUCUGUCGGAGCGGAGGUAGGUGGAUCGGCCCCCGGGGGCCACGUGCGCCCUGCUGCACCCCGGGGAUAGAGAUAGGGGUGGGGGAGGGGUGUACCCCGGGAUCGCGGGGUGCCGCACGGUGUGUGGUAAAUACCGCCCGUGAUUAUUCGGCGAUAUUAGCGGGUCACCCGGUGGGCUGUGUGAGGUGCCCGGGGGUGAUGCAGUGGGGGAGGGGGUGACGGACAAUGGGGGCCCGGGUCCAGCCGCCAUUCCUUCCCCGGGCUGGCACCGCCAUGUGCGCCCCGUCCGCCGCCUCCCUCCCCGGCUCUCCCUCCACCCCCGCCCCGCUCAGGCCGCAGCCAGGAGCCAUCUUUGUUCGUUGAUCGUCAUGUUCUCGUCCUCCUCACACAGCUGCGCGGAAGUGGGCAGCGUGCGCUCGCUCCUCCCCCCUCCAGUGACGGAGCCGCCAUGUCUUGCUCUCCCUCUCAGGCUGCAUCCGGUCUGGCAGGGCCUGUCAUGUCCUCUAGCUGGGCCCGCUGGCUCUGGGGAAGGUGUGGGGGGCAUGGCCGCCCGGGGGGGGGGACCCCCCACUAAUGGCAGCCGGGGGGGGCUCACUAAAGUGAGAAUUGUCUGAAAUUCAAACUCAAUGUCCAUUUAAAGAAGAAUUGGAACAUUUUCCAGUUGGACUGUUUUGGUAUAAAAGGUGAAAAUUCAGAUUCACUCUGAUUUGCCAACUAUUCUCGCCUUAGUGAAUAACCCCGUGUGAGAGAAGUUCGAGAUGCGACCGCCUGCGAUGUAAACUUUGCAGGGUUAACGGGACAGGGACACUGCGCCAAGGCCACUUGUAUAAGAUGGAGUGGUCUGGGUUCCUCUAAUGUCCCUCUAAUUGGACCAUUUGAAGCUUUGCAGUACUGUACUUGUAACUCUGUUACUCUCAAAGUUCUUCAUUAAGUUGUGAAAUGCCUGCGAUUCAAUGUAUAUUUCAAACUAUAAUCAAACCUACAUUGGCUUAAAAAUGUUACAUUUACAUUUAGUCCUUGACAGUUUGCACAUGAAUGAAUAACCCUGUUUUUCUAAUUUGAAAACUAGCACUGUUUUUACAUGUUGUAGUUUGCUUGUUUUUACCACAUUGUCUGGGAAAUAAUGUUUGGAUCUACAAAUAUAUAUUUUCAGAACAUAUAUUAAAUUGUGGGCCUUAUGCUCUCUAGCUGUAGCAAUACAACAUUCACUAUGGUCGGAAUGGAGUGGCUGACAUUAUUCUGUUCAAGCGAUGAGGUGCUGUCAUAGAGGUGGUUAAUCCAGUUUGGGGAAUAUUCCCGAACAGGGUAAAUCACGGAAGAGACAAGGUGGGUGUUACAAUAAUGUAACAUAAACAUCUGUAAUAAGUUAGCAGAGGGUCAAGUAAGUGGUGAGAGGUUCCUUUUCAGCUACAUUGUAUUUAUUAUUUAUAUAGUGCUAGCAGAUUCUGUAGCGCUGUACAAUGGGUGGACUAACACAUAUAAUUGUAACCAGACAAGUGGACACACGGGAACAGAGGGAUUGAUGGCCCUGCUCAAUGAGCUUACAUGCUUGAGGAUUUAUGUUACAGAUGGAUGCUGCAAUAGCCAGAAACAUCUUGUUCAACACGUAAGAGAUGCUUUUAGGGCCCCUGAUUCAUGCUUUGCCUCAAUACGUGACAUACCCACCCUAUGCCAAGUAGGGUACCCCCACUUACCAAGAUCUCUUUAUUGCCUAGGAGCAGUGCCAGUGAGUGGUCUGUCUUGAUCCGAUUUACAUUCUAAUAUUGAAAUACAGGUCCCAUGAUCCUUGCUUCGUGUUAUUGCUUAGGAUAUUGAGAGUUGGUAUGUACACAAAUGAGCAACACAUGUCACUGGCUGAGAGUGCUUGUCGGAGAAGGGAACUACAAACUAAUUUAAAGGAACACUGGGCACCAUAACGACUUCAUCUCAAUGAUGUACUCAGCCUAUUACAGACACCCAGCACUAGGCUUCCUUGUUGAAGCUGAGGACUUUAGCAGGAAAAAGAGGAGCCAAGUCGAUGGGCGCUGUCUGCACAAUUGUUUGUAAACAGUUUAACCCCUUAUGAUAUGGUGCUGCCCAGGACCUACAGGCACCAAUAUUAGCUUUAUUAAGGUAAAGUUGUUAUGGUGCCUCCCUGGAGUGUUCCUUUUAAUAUAUCUAGCUGUUUAGAAAAAUAGAUUUUAUGAAAAACAGGCAUUAUAUUCAUUAUUAGUGAUAUUUUCAUAUCUCCAUUUAACUCUUCUAAUUGUUUCUUAUGAUGCAGUUUAGUUUGUAUUUUUCCUUCAAAGGAAGUGUUGGCUUUCCUGUCACAUGACUAAACGUGCCAACAUAUUACAGAGAGGGAAAUUCAUUUUUGAUGUAUUUUCUUUACACUGUUUUGGGUGACUGAGGAGGUAUAUAGAACACUAUGCUACCUGCUUACCUUUUUGGAUUCAAAUAUCAUUUAAUUUCCCCUAUCUGACCAUUUUUGUAAACUCACAAUCCAAAUUUUCUGCUGUGCACACAGCUAGACCUAUCUCUGCCAUCUGCCUUAAAUGUAUGCUACAUUCCCUUGCCACUGAAUGUCAUUUAACAAUACAAGACACUAGGGUGCUGCUGUUUUGUUCUUAUUGGGUUUUUAGGAGAGACUUACCUAUUUUAGGUGUGCGGCCUCCUCCUUCCUCUGACUUAGCGCUGUUCCACUCUUUGUUUUUGUCUACUUAUUGAAUGUCAUUUACUCGUUCAAUAAUAAUUUUGCCAGAAUAUUGCACGUUCUUGGGUCUAAGUAAAGUGCACUGAAAACAUCAUCUUAAAUAAACAAUGUUAUUCGAACAAACUGUUUAGGCCAGGACUCGACAAAUCCCAGGUCACCAUGGCAACCAAGAAAUUUGUCCUGGCACCUAGGAUUUGUGUGCCUGUUUAGCCCUCGAGGUGACGGCUGCCUGAGUGCAGAGGCGGGCAGUUGGCUCACUGAGUGCUGAGGCAGGCUGCUGACUAAGGGGAGUGGAGGGGGCGGCCCAUUUAUUGCUCGGUGGGGUGGGGGGGCGGCCAGCCCAAGGAGAGCUGGGAGAGGCGAAUGGCUGAAGGAGGGGGCGGCCGGGUAAUGGAAGGCGGGCGGAUGGAUGCCUUAAUGCCACGGCAAGUGAGCUGUAAUCUCCCUGCUCUGCUCCAUCACGCGGCUUGUAGUGAUGUCGGGAGCCAUGUUAUGACGGUACUCCGGCCCCCGGCUCACUAAACAGUGCGCGAGAGGGAGCUGAGUAGGGAGAUGACAGCAGCACAGGGAAACCCUUUCCACUCAAGCUCUCCAGAAGUAAGGAGCCUGGGUGGAGUUAAAUAAGUGUGUGUGUGUGUAAAUUUACUUUGAACAAAAUGCUUUUUGAAACACAACAGCAAAAUGACUAACAGCAAAAAAAAAAAAAAAAAAGUUUGUCCCCAGGAUAAGCAAAAGCUACAUGGAAUUGGAACCUCUUUUGUAAUAAAAUGGAUGAGCCAUUUCACUGUUGGUACUCCUGCUAUAUGGGAAAGCAGAUACAGGAAGAAAGAUCCUCAGAUAUUGUUCUCUAGUGACAAUUCUGAUGCCAGGCAUGUAGAAGGAAGACCUUCACAGACAAGUGGAAAGAAUGACUGGUUGCCAAGGAUUGUCAUAGGCUAGAGAUGCUCGACUUUUUUUAAAAAUUGAGGCACACUUAAAAAAAGAAAAAUCUGAUACAAUAUACCGGCAAUAGACUACAUACGUACAUACAUACAUUCAUUCAAUACAAUAACAGUGACAAAUUUUGAUAACGAGAACACUGACUGAGGCAGUGCUCCAUAUGUCAAUCAAUAAUUUUUGUCCUCAAUUUUUGCUGAAUUUGGAUCUGAGGUAUGUAUGCAACCCUUAUCAGGCUGCUCUCUGUUUGUGGAUUUACAGUACAGGAGAUGUUAUUCAAUGAACAGAGGUGCCUCGGUGAGGGAUAUGGGAAGUAUGCAGAAGAACUCUUACAAAGGCUUCUGUGUAUAUACCGUGGAGGCUCAAGUUUAAGGUGUAACUUUCUGGUUUAUGGGUUAGCUGCAUAGAAGAGGCACAACGAAUUACUAACUAAAUUUUAGUCUCGAAAAUGAAUUUUGGGCAAGAGGCACUACCUCUGAGUUAUGUCACUAAACUAGUUUUUUGCACGCACUCAUUGAUAAGUUGAGCUUUUCUAGUUAUACUGCCUUAGCUUAGAAGUUGUUCUAAUGGUAUAUAUUUUAUGGACGUGUUUGCGGGCCACAUUGAAGAGGACAUGGGCAGACCAGUCUUGUCAUAUGCAGCUAUUCUUUAGCAUUCAACUGUCUUCCUCCUUCCUUUUGUCUAUUCAGAAGUAUAUGUGACAUUUGUCGUCGCAUUUCAGCAAAAAGAUUUUAAAUUCAAAAUAUCUUCUUGGCCUCUCUAAUCUGAGAGAGUGAUUUUAUGACCCUAUUAGUCUUGCACAUUACAAUUGUUUUAAGAAGAAUCAUAUUUAUAGUAAAAAAGAGCAGAUUUCCGCUUCAAAGUCCUGCGUUUCCGGCUAUCAUUGGCACCAAAAAUAAAGGUCUGACAGUACAUUUCUGAAACUAUUUGAGUACAGUAUACCUUAUUUAGAUCAUUGACUUCUCAUAACUAAAUCAGUCACAGUUGAAAGAAAACAUCAAGUCAAUCACUUACAUUAUUAUUCAGCCAUUUAAAUUGAGUAAAGUAUCUCACCUCAUCCUAAGAAGCUUAAUUAGUUCCCUGAGUAUUAUAUUGGAUUCAGUUCAUAUGAAACCCUUUCUUUCAGAACAGGAAAGGGUAGAGAUCAGAUAAGGACAAAUUACGAGAUUGUGUUAGGGAAAAAAGGUGUCUACCGGGCUCUGACAUGCCUAUAGGUGGUUAACGAACACUUGAACACCAAAGUUUUGAAUCAGACACCAUUUAAUGCUGUCCUGUCUUUCUGCUUCUCUGCAAUUCUUGAAAGUGGUAACCUCUGGCAGGGUAGCCACUGAUUGGGCUCGAGUAGAGCUAAACUGUGCUGGAUUCAAGACUUUAGGGUUAAAUAGUUUGUGAACAUUGUAAUUGUGACAUUUGAAUAUUUUAAAACUGCAAUAGUGGAGAAAAAAACAUAUUUUCUUGUCUGUGUAACAGCUUUCAAAAUUUAUCAGAGCAAAAUCCUAACAAUGGAAUUUCAAAAUGGGUACCCACUUACAGAAUAUGACAACCAAAACCCUCUGGAACCAAAGAGACGAGGUCUCUAAUUUCAGUGAACUGAAACCAGUCCUUUUCAAGCACUUCAUUAUUUUCAACAUCUGUUAAAAGAUCAUCAAUAAUUUUUCAUGGGGGUAUGGGGUUGCACUCUAUACAGUGAGGGGGGGAAAGUAUUUGAUCCCCUGCGGAUUUUGAAUGUUUGCCCACUGACAAAGAAAUGAUCAGUCUAUAAUUUUAAUGGUAGGUGUAUUUUAACAAUGAGAGACAGAAUAACAAAAGAAAAAUCCCCCCCAAAAAACACAUGUCAAAAAAGUUAUAAAUUGAUUUGUAUGUCAAUGAGUGAAAUAAGUAUUUGUUCCCCUAUCAAUCAGCAAGAUUUCUGGCUCCCAGGUGUCUUUUAUAGAAGUAACGAGCUGAGAUUAGAUGCACUCUCUUAAAGUGCCCUGAGGGUGCCCCCACCCUCAGGGUCCCCCUCUCGCUGGGCUGGAUGGCGAGGAAAGGGUUAAAUCUUACCUUUUUUCCAGCACCGGGCGGGGAGCUCUCUGCCUCCUCUCCUCCUCUUUGGCUGAAUGCUUUCCUAUGGACGCUGGCGUCUUCUCACUGUGAUUUUCACAGUGAGAAGCACGCAAACACCUAUAGCGGCUGUCAAUGAGACAGCCACUAGAGGCUGGAUUAACCCUAUUCUAAACAUAGCAGUUUCUCUGAAACUGCUAUGCUUAUUUAAAAAAGUGGUCUGGGUGCCUAGAGUGGUCCUUUAAAGGAAGUGCUCCUAAUCUCAGCUUGUUACCUGUAUAAAAGACACCUGUCCACAGAAGCAAUCAAUCGAUCAGCUUCCAAACUCUCCACCAUGGCCAAGACCAAAGAGCUGUCCAAGGAUGUCAGGGACAAGAUUGUAGACCUACACAAGGCUGGAAUGGGCUACAAAACCAUCGCCAAGCAGCUUGGUGAGAAGGUGACAACAGUUGGUGCUAUUAUUCGUAAAUGGAAGACACCCAAAAUAGCUGUCAGUCUCCCUCAGUCUGGUGCUCCAUGCAAGAUCUCACCUCUUGGAGUUUCAAUGAGAAUGGUGAGGUAUCAGCCUAGAACUACACCAGAGGAUCUUGUUGAUGAUCUCAAGGCAGCUGGGAACAUAGUUACCAAGAAAACAAUUGGUAACACACUACGCCGUGAAGGACUGAAAUCCUGAAGCACCCGCAAUGUCCCCCAUUCCAGCAUGACAGUGACCCAAAACACACAGCCAAGGCAACAAAUUAGUGCCUCAGGAAGCACAUUAAGGUCCUGGAGUGGCCUAGCCAGUCUUGAGACCUUAAUCUCAUAGAAAACCUGUGGAGGGAGCUGAAGGUUCGAGUUGCCAAAUGUCAGCCUCGAAACUUUAAUGACUUGGAGAGGAUCUGCAAAGAGGAGUGGGACAAAAUCCCUCCUGAAAUGUGUGCAAACCUGGUGGCCAACUACAAGAAACGUCUGACCUCUGUGAUUGCCAACAAGGGUUUUGCCACCAAGUACGAAGUCGAAGGGGUCAAAUACUUAUUUCACUCACUGACAUGCAAAUCAAUUUAUAACUUUUUUUGACAUGGGUUUUUCUGGAUUUCUUUUUUAUUAUUAUUCUGUCUCACUGUUAAAAUACACCUACCAUUAAAAUUAUAGACUGAUAAUUUCUUUGUCAGCGGGCAAACAUUCAAAAUCAUAAGGGGAUCAAAUACUUUUUUCCCCUCACUGUAUGUGCCAAGGAGAAACUAGGUCUGUUUAUCUCUCUGAGAAAAUCGUGUUGUGAUCAGAACAACGGAAUUUGAGGAUCAAUGUGGGAGACAUAAAAGGAUCAGAAAAUCACAGCAGAAAGG